CUGACCUCCAUCACCUCAACACGGUUCAGGCUGACCAUCGCCUUUGGCCGCCCCUCUCCCCGGAAGAACCACUCCAAGCUCACAACACCAUGGCUGAUCUCAGCUCCCGCUACCUUCCCGACGUGUCCGACUCGUAUCUGCUCGACGAGAGCUCGAUGCAGCUGGAAGACGAUAGCCCGGAUGCCUCAUUCGCCUUCCAGAUGCCCAUUGCUCCGGGAAGGCGAGCAGUACCCGCAGAUAUAACGCAGGACAUGUCCUUUGACCUCCCCGCGAGCGGUCAUGACAACCUGCUUGACGACGAUGGAGACGACUUCCUCGGUGCGGCGGAUCAGACGUUGGGUACGCCCGCGCCACCGAGGGCUGCGAGGGCGCGGGGGACUCCAAGGCUUGACUCGACCGAGAAAGACACACAAACGCCCCGCAAAUCCGAUGGGCCGCUGACACUCAGCCAACUCACGCCUCGUGCCCCGAAAUGGCUCCCAGACGAUGCUAAUCAGGAUGAAGACGACGAGGAAUCGUAUGAGGAGGAGGAGUCCGCUCCCCUUCCGGCUAUGAACACGAAGUACGAUGACAACCAACCAAUCCCAUCCGGCAGCGCUAGCAAUGCCGGUUACUCCUUCGACGACUCGAGCUUUAAUGAAGUGUCCACCUUUGCACCCGAUGCAGAGAGCACCUUCCUGUCUGACGCCGACAUGUCCCUCGACCCCGCAGCAACGCGAUUACUCGCAUAUAGUGAACAGUUUGGCCUGCAUAACACUUUCGCUCCUCCCGCACCUCCACAGUACAAUGAGAAGGAGGCGACCCCGAAGCGGAGUCCACCACGCAAUGACGAACCACUCACAAUCUCGCAACUCUCCCCUCGCAAGGCGACGCCCUCGCCUACCAAGAAGACCCCUCGCAAGGCCAAAACACCUGCGAAAACCCCCUUCACUACGAGAAAGGCCAAGACGCCAGCUCCGCCAUCUGCCGCUGCGCCCACCCCGCACCCCACUGAAGCCACGCCCGUCGCUCAGGCGGUACCCAGUCCGGUGGCCUCACCCUCUUCCGCAGCCGCGGCCUUGCCUGCUCCCAUGGAAGCCAUCUCGGCGCCACCGCCGUCGCCGCCGAAGCCCAUGCGUGCGCCCUCGCCCAUGAAGAGGUCUAGCAAACGGCAGUCGACAGCUCGGGAGGAAGAAGAGGAAGACGAGGAAGAUGACGAUGAACCGACUACCGCGCCAGCCGCCGCUCCCUCGCAGACUGCCGGUCCUUUACAAACCGCGGGUCCCUCGCAAGCUGCCGGUUCCUCGCAAGCUGCCGGUCCCUCGCAGCCUCCUCCCAAGAAAGCGCCCGCUGCCACCGAGUCCAAGCGCCCUGCGAAGCGCGCAAAGAUCGAACCGGUGGUGAAGCGCGGGCUGAACGCGUCGAAGAACGCGCAGAAGAGCUCGCUCACGGAGCGGAGGCGGGUGCCGUCAGGGCCAGCGGCUCGUGGGCCAGCGACGCGUGCGGUGUCUGGGACGACGACGCGUGUGGUGUCUGGGACGACGACGCGUGUCGUGUCUGGGACGACUACAGCGCGUUCGGUGUCAGGGGCGGCGUCGCGUCCGGCGUCGGCUGCAGCUCCGCGUGUGACUCGCGCCGUCUCUGCUGCGGGUACGCUGCAGAACUCGAGGGCGAGGAAUCAGGCGCCGGUGGGAGGGAGUAAGCCGGCCAGCGCGAAGCCCCCUUCGCAGGUAGCGACGACGGGGAAGAGGGAAAAUACGCCGGCUGCGCAGACACAGGCCAAGUCGGUUGCGCAGACGCCGGCGAAGCCGGUUGCGCAGGCGCAGGUGAAGCCAGUCUCGAGGAAACCUCCUUCGGCUGCGCAGACGCGCGCAAAGCCUGUACAGCCUGCUCAGGAGCCGGCGAUGGUGAUGGUGGCCGAUGCGGCACCCGCGCAAGAAGACUCGCAGCCUGCUGCUCCUGCUCCCUCAAUGACUGUCGAUGCUGGCGAACAGGAAGUCGAAGAGCCUGAGGCGGGUGCUGCUUCAGAUGGGGACACGCAGAUGGUCGUCGAAGAGGCGUCAUGGGCGGUCGCUGAUAUGGACAACUGCGACGACUCGACGCCUCCUGCUCCUGCUCCUCGAGCGUUGAGCCCCAUCGACGAUGACGCUGAGGACGAGCUGCCACUGGGUCAAGCAGAGCAGGAGCAAUCUCACGAAGCGGUUGGGGAGGCAAGCGCGGCACCGGCAGCAACGAAGCCACGACCUCAGCGUAAGCAGCCCGAGCGCAAGAAGCAACCAGAGGUGAAGAAGCAGCCAGUGCCCAAGAAGCCCGAGGUAAAGAAACAACCGGAGGCCAAGCAGCAGCCUGAAGUCAAGAAGCGACCUGUGGUCAGAAAGCACCCAGAGGUCCUGAAGCAGUCCGAACCCAAACCGCCGUUCGACGCGUCGUCCUCCUCCGAUACGAGCAAACCCUUCAUUUUCGGCGCUGGCAAGCAGGCCAAGUUCACCCUGAGCACGUCGUCAGACGCGGGGUCGAGCAGGCUGCACGAGUCGGAGGGCUCUGCGCAUGCGCGCUCGCUAAGUCGCUCAGCGCUGAACAUGUCCGUGACGGAACCGAAGCCGUUCACCUUCCAUACGGAUAUGCGGCUAAGGGAGCGGGAGGCGUUCGAUGCGAAGGUGAAGGAGCGCCUGAAGCGGGAGGAAGAGGAGGAGGCGGAAAGGAGGAGGCAGGCGGAGGAGGAGGCGGAGAGGGAGGUGAAGCAAUUGCGCAAGCGUAUGGUACCGCGGGCGCAUGAGGUGCCAGAGUGGUAUCGCUCUGCUCCUAAGAAGCAAAAGCUGGACGAGUCCAAGUAGGAUACGCGAGAGGGGGUGGACAGUUGUAUAGAUUCCUUGAACUCUCAUGUAGUUGUUUUGCGCGUCUCUGGCAGACGUCCGAGUAUACGAGCUUGCUUUCACGCCUU